UUGUCAUCUGUUGUAGGAGGUAUAUUCAGCUACAUUUCAAGAUUAUUUGGACCAAAAGAAAGAAGAAUUCUCAUUCUUGGAUUAGACGGGGCUGGAAAGACGACGAUUUUAUACAGGCUCCAAGUAGGAGAGGUGGUCACUACCAUUCCGACUAUUGGAUUCAACGUGGAGACCGUUGUGUAUAAAAAUUUGAAAUUCCAAGUAUGGGAUUUGGGUGGACAAACGAGCAUUCGACCUUAUUGGAGAUGUUACUAUUCGAACACGGACGCGAUCAUUUAUGUCGUGGAUAGCAUGGAUCGAGACCGAGUUGGGAUUUCAAAACAAGAACUUGUCUCCAUGCUUGAGGAGGAGGAAUUGCGUUCAGCAGUUCUGGUUGUCUUAGCGAAUAAACAGGACAUUCCCGGUUGUAUGACUAUUAGUGAAGUAGCGAAUGCUCUCGGCUUGGCUACAAUAAAGAAUCGACGGUAUCAACUCUUCAAAACUUCUGCACUAAAGGGAGAAGGAUUAAAUGAAGCUAUGGACUGGUGA